CAGUCCCCCGGUAUAAAAAACUUCAUCCAUUUGACUGUUGCCAAACAGCACAGGAGAGAGAGAGGGAGAGGAAGAGAGACACCAAGACCUACUGCCACAGGACUGUCAACUCAGUAACAGUUUGCGUAGUAUUACGUUCCUUCUAAUACUUUCUUCCUAAAAUGGAGCAUCUGAGAAACUCCACGGCCUCUCCCAGGAGCCGUUUCUCCGGCCACUCGCAGAGCAGCACCAACCCACCAGCGGACAAAAGUGACGGGAACGCAUAUCUCUACAUCCUCAUCGUCGUGUGUUUCUACGGGGUCUUCCUCUGUGGAAUCAUGCUCGGUUACAUCCGCUCCAAGCGCAGGGAAAAGAGGAGAACCAACGUCUUUACGCGCCUGGUUCACGAGGAGGAGCAGCGGGAGUGGGGCGCGCUCCCUAAGAAGAACAGCCUCAUCAUUCCCGCCGCCGCGGUCACGGGACUGCGGUCGGUGCAGGUUUCUCUGCCGUUCUCCGUUCACCAUCACGACAGGUUUCCACACAGCCGCCGCUGUGAGGACGACGUGCUGCCGUCGCCGCUUGCGUGCGCGCUGUGCACGGAACAGAGCAGCGUCAGCUCCCUCUGCUCCUCCGCGGACACGCGCGUCGCCAUCGAGGAGGAGUCUGAUUGUGGUGCGGCGGAAGAGAACGUGAAGGGAGGCUCAAAGAAGAGUGGUGAUGACUCAGGCUGAGAGGAACACUAACGAUAAAAGAAAAAAAACACCCACAGAGACGCGAGGGCGAGCGUUUCUACCUUUUUGAAAACUCCCCCAAAUCAGUCCACAACUCACUUCCUCAGUGACAACAAAAACACUUAUUUUGCGGCACAGGCGUUUAGGUGAGACUGGGGCACCGUGUUCUGAUCUUCCACUUAAAACAAAGGCUACGGAAUGUUGCUUUGCUAAGUCCUCACUUACAAUUUUUCAACAUAGAAGUAGUGAUCGUGUAUCAAAUAUGACCGUUUAAAGGCUGCAUAAUUGCACGUCACUUUAAACCAGUGGCCAUUAGCAUGGAUGUGCUAACGAAUAUCCUAAAUCAGGUUGCCUGCAGCCUUUUUUCAUUUAACAAGAAGCGUCGCCCCCUUGUGGCUAACUCCCAAAACAAAACUGAAGGGCUACGUCCAGUGUCUCAGACACAAAAGGGCCAAAGGUCAGACCAGUUGUCAACAUGGCUGAUGCACCACCGUGAUGUGACAGUGUCUUUUCUAAAAUACUGACAUUUAAAGGAUCAACACUAUUGUGAUUUAAUGGACCGGGAUAAUUCACUGAAUUGUAGGGUUCAUUUUAAAAAGAUUUUUUUUCUUUUUUCUUUAGUUUCCUGUACAGCACAGAAGUAGUGAUUUAGAGACAAACAUGGUGUGCCUUUUUUUUUUUUUUUUUUGGAAGAACAUUUAGU